AUGUCUGAGGAGCUUAGCUUGCAGGAGACUGGCGCAGACGAGACGGACACGGCUAACUUCUACCCCGAAGUACCAUGGCAAGGCAGUGCGGAGGCGGAUCAAUUUGGGGUUCGAAGUGGAAUGACCGUCGAGGACCACAACGAUACCGGCUCUGAUUCUGCAAGCGAGGCUACCAUGGAAGCUCAGGACGAAAUAAUGUCUCGGUUACGGGACGACAACGUCAAUCUGGCUACCUUCGAUCAACGGCAAGAAUUUCUCCGCCGAUACGAACCACACUUGAACCCUAACAAGACGCGCCGCGGCAACCCAACUAUCUUACACAAGAUUGCCUUGAACUGUAAAACGGAGAAAGCCGCAGCACUCGUCCGUCUUCUUGUAAAGGAGCACCCAGAGCUCAUGGAAGUUCAGGAUGAAAAGCAGAGGACGCCGAUGCACGUGGCCAUACUGCACAGGAGAAGCCGCCUUGUCACGGCAAUGGCUGAAGCGGUUGAGGAUAUCGAUAGGUUCCUGGGAAUCCGGGAUGAUUACGGCUAUAACUGCCUUCACGCCGCACUUAGAGCCAACUUAGGGCACCAGAUCGUCGUCAGCCUGGUCCGGAGAGCAUCGGAGAAGACGCUGUACAGCCAGGAUCGGCACGGGCUGACACCGCUCCACAUAGCUGUGUCCUACGACAUGUGCUCCGCUUCACAACUGGAGGUUGUCAGAGAACUGCUCAAGCGAGGUGCAGGGGCCUUGCGAAUUCUCACGAGACCUCCACAUGGGCUCUCGCCUUACCAGCAUCACGUCUUCACUCGCGAGGAACAUGUCGAAACGCCCGUCAAGAACCCCAAAAUACCCGUUGAGAAGCAAACCAAAAAGAAAGAGCUGACUCACAAAAUCAUUGUCACCACGGAGACCGCCGAUCAGAUCGAGAGAGAGUUGAAGUUAGGUAUCCUGCGUACGAUGACCGAGGAGCAGGCGAAGAGGAUGCUUUACGGUCACAACCCCGAUGAUAUACAAAUCAGUUUUGAUUACGACCAGCUACCAACGAAGAUGGUAUGGAAAGAGUUUGUGAAACGAUUCGGCAUGACCGCCCGGUCCGGUCUCCGAUUUGAGAGUGUCCUGCAGCUGGUGACGUUUCCGCGCGUUGAAGUCAUCUUGAAGGGUCGCCAGGCUGACCUCGAACGGGAGGCCGAACGUCAAUCUGGGUCCCUUGGCCGCAAAGACAUGCAGUAUUUUUUGAACUGGCUGUAUGAGAAGGGCGUCCGCCACAUUAUUAGACUGUCCGUCGAUGAGUCCGCAGAGCCCGGGGAGAGGGUUCACAGCGACCAGGCUAUUCAAACGUCUCUUGAGAGAUUCAUCGUGGAGCAUCUGGACUGGAAGAAAACAGACCUCGACCCAGAGACAAUUCUCCGCGUCAGCAGCAAAGUUGAAAAGAAAAUCCCCACGCCCGAGGACUCGACGAAGUUCGAGACACAAAUUGUGCCGGAUCGGCAGUUGAGGCAGCUACACCUUCGGUGGAGUGGCAGUAACGCUGUGUUACGAGGUUGGAGCGAGCCGGGAAGUUUGGCCAUGUUACCCCACAUCAAGGAGAUAGUCUUAAUCGCACCACCUACUCACCAGACGUACGACAGCCCCGAAUGGAUCGCCUCCAAAGUUAAGGACUUUGAGGUCAGACUCAAUGUCAGCCGGCAGGCCCCUCUGGCUCGGGUUCAAGCUCAGGAACAGUUGAAGCUUGAUCUCGGGACCUCUGACAUGAGUAACGGGCUUGACUACAUUAGAGUGAGCUUCCGCGACUCGGACACGGACGUACAACCUUUAGCUACAUCUUCUCAUGGUACAAUCACCAACUCACAUCGGUGGUUGGAUUCAACAGCGAGAUUCGCCGAUCAAAUGGCCCCUUUCUGGGAAGCCACAAUCAUAGACUUCCUGCACUCGAACCAGGGCAGGCCCACGCGAGAGAGGCUCGAAAAUGAUGUUGUUCUGGCGCUUAUUGACGACGGCGUUGACAUGUUUGGCACCGCUCACACUGGCCAAAUCCUUGAAGGGAAGAGUUUUGAUUUCCACGAGGGGAAGGCCAAGCCGUCAUUCUUGUCGGCAAUGGGCCACGGUACUGUACUUGCUAGUAUGAUUCUACGGGUUUGCCCUAUGGUAAAGGUCUAUCCGAUACGACUCAAGACGUAUGAGAACUACAAAAGAAACACGCGCGAUAUUGAUGCGGGCUAUGCGGCCCAGGCAAUCCAAGCAGCUUUGGAUAAGAGGGCUACUAUUAUCUGCAUGGCAUGGGCGAUACCAAUCGCCGAAGGCGAGGCCGAGGAGAUUAAACAACCUGUAGAGCGUAACGUCCUAAUGUUCUGUUCCGCGUACGACGGAGUGUUUACCGAAACGCAUUAUCCGAGUGGUCCAUGGAGGGACCGCUUUUUCUGCAUCGGUGCCGUGCCUGUUGACGGCUCUGUCUUUCCGUGGUCAGCAGAAGACGGCAUCACGUAUAUGAUUCCGGGCGUUGGCGUAACCCAGGAACUGGAACCACGCGACACCGCCGCUGGAGGGGACCAACGCAUCCCGGAGUCGAAGGUCCAGGUCCAAACCACGGGCUCCAGUAUUGCCACGGCGCUGGCAACUGGGCUCGCCGCCAUGAUAAUCUACUGUAUCAAGGCGAGUAUUCUUGCGGCCAAGACAGCGAAUGCCAGCACUGGUCUUCCAUUUGGGAUCCCCCCCGACAACGCGGUAGAACUGAUUGCCCGGCCCGACGAGAUGAAGCGCGCCUUUGCUAGUCUCGGCAAAGUCACGCCCAACAAGUUUGUCCAGGUCUGGGAAAAGCUGGAUAAGAUGAGCGAAGUCCUGGAGGUCUUGAGGACGCCAAACUCUACACCAGAGGUGAAGGAGAACUCUGUUAAAGCCUUUGUGGAUUUCGGGCUGGAUCUAUGGAAUGCGGCCCGGCCUUGA